AUAAUACAUUAAAGGAAAAAAAAAUGGAAUAUACAAAUAAUCAAAUAUAUAUGUUAUCACGCGUUUCUUGAUUUGCGUUUGAAUGUUCCUUUAACAUGGGGUUCAUUGAACUUUGAGAAUGAUCAAAGAAAAUGGGUUUUCUUGGAAGUUUGUUAGGUAUUUUUGGCUUUGGGAUUGGAAUUUCAAUAGGUCUGGUUAUUGGUUAUUUCUUGUUCAUAUACUUUGAGCCCAGAGAUGUUAAGGAUUUACCAGAGAGUACACCAUUCGAUGAAAUUGAGCCAAGCUCAUUAGUUGAUCUUCUACCUGAACUCCCAUUAUGGGUGAUGAAUCCGGACUACGAGCGGGUUGACUGGUUUAAUGAGUUUAUAGCGAACAUGUGGCCCUAUCUUGACAAGGCAAUUUGUGGAAUUAUUAAAAGCACAUCAAAACCUAUUUUUGCAGAGUAUAUUGGACAGUAUCAAAUAAAAUCUAUUGAGUUUGAGCAACUUACUCUUGGAACAAUUCCUCCUCGAUUCCAUGGUAUUAAAGUAUAUGAUUCCAAUGAAAAGGAGCUAGUACUUGAGUUUGCGGUCAGAUGGGCUGGAAAUCCAAAUAUAGUUGUGGCAUUGAAGUUAUUAUCUCUACAAAUCUCGGUACAGUUGAUAGAUUUUCAAAUGGCUGCUACAGCAAGGGCAACACUAAAACCUUUGGUCCCAACCUUCCCAUGCUUUUCGAGCAUAAUAGUAUCACUGACGAAGAAGCCAGAGGUAGACUUUGGGCUAAAAGUAAUUGGAGGAGAUUUAAUGACAAUCCCUGGUUUACACCAUUUUGUUCAGGAAACUAUAAGCAAGCAAGUUGCCAGGCUUUACCUCUGGCCACAAACACUUGAUAUACCAAUUCUUGACAGUUCAAUAGGAGCUGUGAAGAAGCCAGUUGGAAUUCUACAUGUGAAGGUUCUGAGAGCACAGAAACUUCUGAACACGGAUUUUUUGAGUAAGUCAGAUCCUUAUGUUAAACUCAGCUUAGGUGGGGACAGGCUUCCAGCCAAGAAGACUACUGUAAAAAUGAACACUCUGAAUCCAGUAUGGAAUGAGGAUUUCAAAUUGACCGUAAAAGAUCCCGAGUCUCAAGUUCUGCAGCUGCAUCUAUAUGACUGGGAAAAGAUUGGGGCACAUGACAAGUUGGGAAUGCAAGUCGUGCCACUGAAAUUGCUCAAUCCAUAUGAGAAGAAAGAACUAACACUCGAUUUGGUCCACAGCACAAACCCAAAUGACCCUCAGAACAAGAAGGCGCGAGGCCAGAUUAUGUUGGAGAUGUCCUUCAUUCCUUUCCAAGAAGAUAGUAAAAAGUUCAGCGGACCUCUUAAUAUUCAUGAACGGAAGGAGAGUAUUUCAAGCCUUUCAGAUGAUAAUUAUUCCUUGCGUGGAGCAGGUUUGCUGUUGGUUACAGUUAUUGGUGCUGAAGAUGUAGAGGGGAAACAUCAUACCAAUCCUUACGCAGUGGUAGUUCUUAGAGGAGAAAAAAAGAAAACAAAGGCAAGGAACAAAACCUGGAAUCCAAAAUGGGAAGAAGAAUUCCAGUUUGUGUUGGAAGAAGCUCCAUUGAAGGACCUAAUCCAUAUUGAAGUCAAGAGCAAGAAAAGAAGAUUUGGUUUUCGGUCUAAGGAGUUACUUGGGUAUGUAGAUAUCCAACUGAUGGAUGUGAUAUACAACGGACGUAUCAACGAGAAGUACCAUCUCAUCAAUUCCAAAGAUGGAAUUCUACAUGUUGACAUCAGAUGGAAGGUGAUCUAGCAACUGCAACGCGAUGCCUCUGCACUGUAAAUUAUCCGUUUAGAUAUUAAGUUCAUCGAUCCUAUCUCUGAACAAUUUGCAAGAGUUCUCAUAGCAGUUGUUGUAUGUCUUGCCUUUAAUUAUAUAGUAUAAAGCCUUAAUCAUCAAAAUCAUAGCACAAUGUCCGUUCUUUUUUAAAGCCAUGAAAGAAAUGCAUACAAACAUCUGCGCGCGCACGCAUGUUCGUUCGUGCCUUUUGUCUUAUUCUA